AUGGCCUCUCAGUGGCCGGGCGCAGGCGCCUCCGUGCGCCGCAGAUCUCUCCGGGACCAGGAGCAGCCUGAGCACAUCGAGAUGCUGCAGCCCGCGGGUGGCCAUCAGGAGACCUCCACCGGGGCCCUGGGCUCCCUGUGCAGACAGUUCCAGAGAAGGCUGCCCCUGAGAGCAGUCAGCCUCAACCUCCGGGCAGGCCCCUCCUGGAAACGCCUGGAAACCCCAGAGUCAGGGCAGCAGGGCCUCCAGGCUGCAGCUCGCUCGGCUAAGAACGCCUUGGGUGUCGUGUCCCAGAGAAUCCAGGAGUCCUGCCAAAGUGGCACCAAGUGGCUGGUGGAAACCCAGGUGAAAGCCAGAAGGAGGAAGAGAGGGGCACAGAAGGGCAGUAGCCCCCCUACUCACAGCCUGAGCCAGAAGAGCACCCGGCUGUCUGGAGCCACCCCUGCCCACUCACCCCCACCCCGCCUCUCUGGCCAGAUGGGCCCACGUGCCCACCCACUGCGACGGUCGAGGAGAGAAGCCACUCUUCGGAGCCCCUAUUCCUCCACAGAGCCCCUCUGCUCUCCCAGCGAGUCUGACAGUGACCUAGACCCUGUGGGGGCAGGAAUCCAGCAUCUCCAAAAGCUAUCCCAAGAGCUGGACGAAGCCAUCGUGGCUGAAGAGAGUGACGACAUGACUGUCUCUCUCAUUUGUGACUAA